CCCUACGCGCACCACGUAUAGCACUCCCCUCCUCCCCGCCGCUUCCUGCCAAUCGCCGCGGGCGCGCGCGGCCGGCAACCAAUCGGAGGCGGCGGCUGCGCGCAGAGGAAGGCGGGGAAGGGGCGUUCCCAGAAGGCCGCGCGGCGGCGGCCAUGAUGGGCGCUGCAGGGGCAGGUUCUGGAUGAAGCUCCCGGAGCCGAGCGACGCUGGGAGGGGCCGCUGUCCCCGGGGGGGUCCCCUGCCCCCCAGCCUGGCCCUGGCCGGGGGCCUGAUCCUGGGGGUGGCCAUCGGCGCCCUGGGGGUGCUGGCGAGCUGGAGGCCGACGGGGACCCCUCUCCCUGCGGCGCCCGGUUGCAACGGGAGCGCGGCCGAGCUGGCAGCCGCCCUUCGCCGCGGGCUGUGCGAGGAGGAGGAGGAGGAUGGAGGCCGGGGGAGGCCGAAGGCUCCCUGCAGCCUCUGCCCCCCCGGCUGGACCCCCCGGGCCGCUGCCUGCUACCGGCUCUCGGCAGCUGCCCGUACCUGGGACGACGCUGCCCGCGACUGCGCUGCCCGCGCUGCCCGCCUGCUCGGACCCCGCGACCUCCCGGCCGUGGCCUCCCUGGAGGGGGUGUCGGGGGAACCGAACCCCCUUUGGGUGGGGCUGCGCUUCUGGCCCAGCACCCACACCUGGAUCUGGCCCGACGGCUCCCAGCACACCCCACCGGCCGGGCAGCGCGGGGGGCAGGGCCGGGAUUGCGGGGUGCUGCGGCGGGGCCGCUCGGCGCUGGAGAGCUGUGGGGCCGAGCUGCGCUGGCUCUGCCGCCGCGACGCCCUCCUGCUCUAG